GGUGACGAUCGAUCGUAUCUUCCGUGACCUUCUUUCCUUCUACCAUUUCGACUCGCGAUUUAUCGAUACCAACGCGAGAUCAUCCUAAAAAACUCCAUUCGAACGUUUCGUGAUAUCUUUCUCUUUUUACGUGAAGUGUGAUCGUCGACUGUGUCACCAGUCGUAUUUAUUUUUUAACAUCUACAAACAACAAAAGUGUUUCGCUGCGACAGGCGGUGCACCCGAGCUACAACUCGGAGGAUAAAUGGUCCUGUUGAUGUUUCCUUCGGACGAACAGCAUCCUAGACAGGGAUCAGCGUAUCUUAACAUCCCACGUCUUCUAUCGUGAACCAGGACUACGUUCCCCGGGGGUGGUUUCGUUACCAAUUACGCAACGUACCCCGCGACGGACCAACGACCAUCGGGGUACAAUCUGACAAACGGAAUCGACGGUUCGCCGUUUUCCACGAGGAUGAUCCUGCACGGAACGCCUUUACGAGCUUGCUACUCUUAAUGUCUCCAUCCUGAGCCUGAACCGUGGUGGGUGCCAGCGACGAGGAUACGAUCCUGCGAGGUCAGAACUCGAGGCCACGGAUCAACGAACGGGGUGGAGGCACGAUAAAAAUAAAGAAAAUGGGGGUGCCGGAUGUGGAACAGGCUAAGAGACGGCUGCAGGAUAUACUGAGGAAAGCGCAGAAGCUCGAGAUACCACCGCAAGAAGUGAUCUCGACGAGGACCGCCCAGAAGCUUCUUGCCAGGACGAGGAACGUCCUGGCAUGGACGAUUUGGAUCACCGUUUUUGUCCUGCUGCUCAGCGGGGUCGUCUAUACACGCUGGCCAACGAGGCAGGAAGUCGAGACCAUUAGGACUGUCCUCAGGCGAACGUGUUCUGGACCGGCGUCAGGAGAUUUCUCGGAACGCGUGGCGGCUCUUUUGCACUCUUCGUCGACUCAGGACGACUGCUAGUCCUCGUAGAAAUUCCUUCGAGUCGUUCUACUUUCUUCCGGUCAAGAAGCUGAUGGAGAAGCUGAAGGAACCUGACGUUCCUUAACUCUUACGACAGUAAACGUCUAUACCAUUGAACCGUACUUGUACGCGUUUUACAGGGAUCGAUUCAUCCUAAUUCGAAACUCUUUUUUUCACGGGAAAGUUUUAUACCGUACGGUUAUUAUAAAUGGUAACAAGGAUGAACCUCGGAGUAUGGAAACGCAGCCUUCCGUUUGGUAAAUUUAAAUGUUGUAAUCACGAUUCAAGAGGGACGUCGAAAAUGAGAAGAAGAAGAAAAAGAAGAAGAAGAAGAAGAACGAAGGGUUACGUAUCCAGGUUGCUUCGCGACCAAGGACGGCGAAGGGAAUAAUUUAUCCAACGACGUAACUAAAAUACGAGAAACGGAAGUGGUCAGGAUAAUAAAAAAUCGUUCUGUUUCCUGUCCCUCGUUUCUCAUGAAAAAUUCAAAAGCUCAGACAAAAGCACCUCGCGAGACGAUGAUCUCUCUCCUCGGCCGAUCGACGAAUACCACUUCAACUUGAGAUUGAGCACAAGAGUACGAGGCCGAGGAAAAAAAAAAAGAAGAAAAAGAAGACGACGACGACGAGGAGGAGAGCGUGGAAAAGGGAUGAAAGUCUGGUGGAAGUCGUAGUUUUGGAGGGCAGCUAUUAUGCUUUCCAAGAUUUUUCGAAGGCUCGGCGCAUUGUUUCGCGAGGAGAAAGGGCCAUACCUAGUAUAUCUUGAAGCGAAACACGGGCUACACUCUAUGGAAGACAAAUGAACGUUCUUUUCCAGUGGCGUGGGCCAAGCGCCAAACCAGAAUAUCCAUCCCUUUUACGGGUCCUUUACCCUCCUACUCGUUUCCUCCCUCUUUGCUCAUCUACCAACAACCUUGCUCCUUUCCCUUUUAUUCUACUACUUUCUACCACUCUCAUUUCCUUUCUUUUGUUUCAUCUUACCUUACGACUUUUAUUAGCAACUAAUUACUCUGGACCUAGAUAUUUAACAAUUGCCUUCUCCAGAAGCUGAAGAAAAGGUGCAUUUUCUUGAAAAAUCUUCCAUUCUCGAGGGUCCAACUCAAUUACGUUUAAACGAUGUAAUAUUUCGUUGCCACUGGCUCGCUAUACAAAAGGAGGUAAAAUCUCGUAUCUGGAGCAUGUGUAACAUUUUUCAUUCAAAGGCUCGCUCGCUGACCGUGAAAAGAAGAGUUUCGAAGAUUUCCUCGUUCUACCAACGGUGUUCCGUGUACAUACAUACGUCAGAAAUAUUUAUUACAAUGGGACCGAGAUUGCUUUGACCUAGCCGAGGUGCAUGCAUUCGUAGGUACAGGUAUAUACGUAUGUAUACAGAGAAUACGGAAACAGGUGUGGCAGUGGUGAGAGGAAACGCGUACAAGCAACACGCUUUAAUCGUAGGUACACACACGCGUCACGCGAAAGGGACCGUGAGACAAUGUAAAUCGUUACUCUGUCGCGACUCGUCGACCAUUAACUUUGAUCGAUAACCCGUCGACGUUCGUUCGACGAUCAGAUCGUCCAACGAUUCUUCCUUCGACGACGGAAAAAUUCAAAUUAUAAAGAAUUUUAUCGGAGCGACGAAAAUUGAUAUCAUCGCUCUAGUGACGUGUACGAAAAGAACCGAUACGAACGUUUCAUAAAAGCUAACUAUACGAAGUCGUAGUUAACCCUUUCUCUACGAUAAAAUCGAAGAAUCACUAUUUCUGACUGCCUAAUUUUAUUCUUCGUGAAAUUUAUCGUUCCUAUAUAAGAGUCACUGAAACGAGAACAAAGAAGAAAUCGAUAGGGUUAAAAAUUCGAAUCGCUUGGUUGAAUAUUUUCCAUCCUAGAAAUAUUUUUGAUCCUUAGAUAAAUAGCGAUAGUCUAUUGUAGAGGAUUAUUCUAAUGGUCUAUCGUGUAUAACGAUAAGAUUUACGAUAUACCGGUACAUUUAGUGGUAGCUCUCGUAGCGAAAGGGUUAAGAGAUAAAUUUUGCUCACGAAACCCAGCUGCUUUCUUCUUCAUCUUCCACCUCCUUCUCCUGCAUUUCACCUUCGCUACCGUUCGCUUCAAUUCAUGAGCCGACCGAGCGCAGCUGGGUUAAGGAUCGGAAGGAUCUGAUUAAAUUGCUUCUAUAAGAAGCAUCCGCAGGUGCGACGCUCGCUUCCGCCAGAAAAUGCGUAUUCUCAAUCGAUAAUUUUUUUACGACCGCUUUGUCCGCCUGGAAAUAUCAGUUCCAUUUUUCAAAUUUUUCAUUGAUCGUUGGACCAAAUUAACGCGUUCAAUUUUAUAUUUCCAUGAUAGUUAACUUUGUUUUUUAUUUCUUUUUUUAACGUUUCAGAGCAACCAGGAAAAUUUACACUUUGCUGGGAUGUUUGCGUUUGAACGUAUUCGUUUGAAUUAUUUAAAUGGAAGUACGUCAGCUCGUGCCCGCCCCGAGAUAGUUGAAGAGGCAAUUUUUUAAAUAUUUCUACAAGUAGUCCUCGAGAAAUAUACUGAAAGUGUAUUAAUCGUAAAGAGCCGAUUGAAUCGAGCGAACAUCGAGGAAUAAGAGAAUAUUUAACUCUACGCAGAAAGUAUUCGAGCUGCAUCAGGUUUUCUUUUGGUUCCAGUCUAACAAGGUAUUCAAUUAUUCAUUUAUACUAUUUAUUUAAAUAUUCCAUCAAUUUGUUUACAAAUUUUUAUUUUGAUCAAUCGAUAAGUAAUUAGGAGUGUCUUGGAAUCGAUUAAUUUAUGAAUUUCAUUUAUCAGUUCUAUGAGUUUUAUGAUUGAUUAACACCCUGUACAUAUACGUAGCUCGACAAGAACGAUAAAUCUCAAAACAGAAAAGUAUUAUAAAUAUAGAUAUAUAAAUAUUAUAUAAUAUUAUAAUUAACGUAUAAGAUGUAACUAUCCGUUGGUACAUAUCGCACUUAAAAGUUUGUAGAAAUUAAAGAAGAGACGCUUGGAGAAAGCGAAACGGGGGCGUCUUAGAAAAUAUCGACGGAAAGGGAAAUGUCGCCCGGUGAGAAAGAUCGAAAACUCUCGUGACGAAAUACGAAAGGAAACGAUGCGAUCGAAUUUAAGAGAAUGAAAUAUUUUCAUUUUCGAUCGUUACAAUCGACAAAUUAAAAGAUCCGUUUCGUCGCAUCGCGAACGAUCACUGCCAACCCCUGUUAGAUCACGUUUCUAUCGAAAUUCACAGCUCGGGAUCGUCUUUUGUAAAUUUUAUACCUCCGAAACGAGAAAAUCCUUUCGAUCUUCCUUUCUGCGGGCUGUUUCGCGAGCGAUUUUCAAAGUGACGCGAACUUUCAUGAGAUUUCAAAGGGGAAAAAUGUGUAUCGAAAAGCACGAAUUGGUUUGUUGUCCCUUUCGAGCUGACUGUACAGUACAGAGAGUGUAUCAAAACAGAUAAAGAGAGCGACGAAAAUUGUGCAGUGUGAGUGUGUGCAAGAGUGAAAGAGAGAAAGAAAUAAAGAAAAAAAAAAAAAAACAAUUGAUUCGAAUGGGUGGCUUGCGGCACGAUUUGUAAAUGCAGACACGAUAUCACGAAGUCUCGCGACACAACGAAUAUAAUAAAGAAACAAAAGUUCUUCGUUUUCUACAUGUUCGACGUGAUUCGUUAUUAACCCUUUUCACUGCCAUGCAUUAUGCCGCUUGCAUGUUGCUCGCA